GGCGGGUCGUAAGGCAGCAGCACACAAUUGUCAUCACGUGAGGUCACAAUGGUUUCUGAUGGUUUCGACGAGGAGUGAUUAGAACAGCGAAUGUUUUGAAUUUCUUGAGAAAUUCAAGCAUCUGCCCUGUUCUGCAAACAAAGACGCGUGACACGAUAUUUGACACAGUAGGAUACUUAUUUUGAAACGUUAUUCAAAAUGACGGAGUAUUGGUUAAUAUCUGCACCAGGGGAUAAAACAUGUCAGCAGACAUGGGAAACUAUGAACAGUUUGACUGCCAUACAACAUUCUUUAUCAGUCAACUACAAAUUUCACAUUCCGGAUCUGAAGGUUGGAACCUUGGAUCAGCUGGUUGGUCUGUCAGAUGAUCUUGGAAAGCUUGAUAUUUAUGUUGAACAAAUAACUCGCAAGGUUGCAACAUAUUUGGGGGAAGUCUUAGAAGACCAAAGGGACAAACUUCAUGAAAAUCUUUUGGCCAACAAUAGUCAAACGUCAAUGGAUGGGGAGAGCUCGAGCCCCGAAGGGGGUCCGGACACCCCGCCAAACACCCCCGUCACUCCAUCACACAAGACUUCAAAGGAACACCACAAGCAGUGGAGGGAAUUGGAGAAAUGCGAUCCAGAACCGGCCGCCUGUUUAGGUCAGCAUCAUCACCAGCGUCACCAUCACCAUCACGAGCAUCAUCAUAGUCAUAAACAUCAUAAUCAUCCCUCCGAUUUCGAAAAGAAAUCAUCACACAGUCCUCAAGGUCUCUGCGAUGCCCGAUCAUCGAACGAUCCUUUAUCGGUAUAUUCAUGCUACCACGCGCAUUGGUGCGCUGCUUCUACCUCUUCCACGCCAAUUCCCAGUCCUACCCCUACGAGCCCGAGCCUCUCCCUUUCAUCAAACUGUAGCAGCGAAGGAGAGACCAGAUGGCAGUCGGCGACGCGUCAUCGGACUACCGAAAAAGCGGAUCGUUCUACCUCCAAUCGCAAAUCGCUCGGCAAUGACGACGACGACGAAGACGAUGCGGACCAAAACAGCGACCAAGACCAAGACCAUAGCGGCAAUUUGCCCAAUCCAGGUGAUCUUCCAUCAUAUAUAACUCGAUUCCAGUGGGAUCUGGCAAAAUAUCCUAUCAAACAAUCGCUGAGAAAUAUUGCUGAUAUUAUCAGUAAACAAGUGGGUCAGAUUGAUGCAGACCUCAAAACAAAAUCCACAACAUAUAAUAAUUUAAAAGGCAGUUUACAAAACCUUGAAAAGAAACAAACAGGAAGUUUAUUAACAAGAAACUUGGCAGAUUUAGUAAGGAAGGAACAUUUUAUCUUGGAUAGCGAAUACUUAACGACGUUACUUGUCAUUGUACCAAGAACCAGCUUCCAGGAAUGGCACAGUGGAUAUGAAAAAUUAACGAAUAUGAUAGUGCCGCGUAGUACACAACUUAUUACUCAGGAUGCUGAGUAUGGUUUAUUUACCGUCACUUUGUUCAAGAAAGUUACCGAAGAAUUUAAAUUACACGCCCGUGAAAAGAAGUUCAUUGUUCGUGACUUUACAUACAAUGAAGAAGAAUUAGCAGCAGGGAAAAAUGAGAUUACGAAACUUGUAACUGAUAAAAAGAAACAAUUUGGACCUCUUGUACGUUGGCUAAAGGUUAAUUUCAGCGAAUGUUUCUGUGCAUGGAUUCAUGUUAAAGCUUUGCGCGUAUUUGUAGAAUCCGUUCUAAGGUAUGGUUUACCUGUGAAUUUUCAAGCAAUUUUACUGCAUCCACAUAAAAAGUGUGCAAGGCGAUUACGCGAUGUUCUCAAUCAGCUUUAUGCUCACUUAGAUUCUUCUGCUACAGCUGGUGCAGCUGCUCAAGCAAAUCAAGACAGCGUGGAUAUACCAGGGUUAGGUUUCGGCCAAAACGACUAUUUUCCAUAUGUGUAUUAUAAAAUCAACGUAGACAUGGUUGACAGUAAGGUUUAAUUAUUAAAAGUGAGCCUGUUCUCCUUCUAUGUUUUAAAUAUAUUUUCAUUUACAUAACAUACUUCUGUAACUCCAGGUACUUAAUACCAGGUACAUACAAAGUGUACUUUUGUUGAUUUUCAAUAUAAUCAUAAUCAUUGUUGGUUCACUUCCAAGAGAAGACCAAACAUUUAUCAAAAAAUUGUAUUUAAAUAGUACAUUGAUAUGCCUGGAGAGAUGUAUGAACUAUGAUAUUAGCUCAAUAUAAACUAUGCAUAAUAGAUUGUGCAAUCAUUUGUAUAAAUUCCAACAAACAUAUUUGAAUAUACAUAUUACAGAAACUUCUUUUCUUUUUUUUUUAAGACUAUGCUUAAUUCAAUAACAAAUAUUAUUACAGUUAUAAAAAGCAUAUAUUCCUUGUAGCGACUACACAUUAUAUUAAUUUAUUAACCUCAAAAUUGGAUACAGCACAACCUAUUUUACAUGGUAUUACAAAAAGAAAAAAAUGAGUAUCGUGUCAGAAUAGAAAUUCUGCAAUGUAUAACUGUAUUAUUUUAUGUAUUACCUAUAAAAUUAAGAACAUUGUGAAUAUUGUUAUGAGAGGAAAAGCGCAUCUUGUUAUGAGAACAGAAAAUCGUAACAUUGAACGAAUUAAUGCUUUAACCGUCUUCAUUCAAAAAGCCUUCAUAUUACAUAUGUUAUGUGGCAACUAGUAAAAUAAGUAUUGUUUGAAAAUUGUCUUAUAAAAGAUUAUUUCAUAAAACUCAUUUCAAAUUACUGUUUUAAUGAUGCACAUUGAACUAGUACAUAUUAACAAGCGGAACCCGGGAAAGAGUUAUGAAAUUGGAAAACAUUAGUUACAUCUCGAAGUAUUAUUAUUAACAUUAUUUUCAAUAGUAUACAAAUAAAAUAAAAUUGAAGUAUUACGUGUUAAUUUGAAGGCCGCACAAAAACGAUAUGUAACAGUGAAGGAUCACUGCAGUAAAUGUUGAAUGAUUGAACAGGUUGUAUUAUAAAUGCUUUGUGUAUAGAAAGUAAACUAUGCAAUAUUACUGUAAGUAUCAUUUAAAUUCAUUUCUGUGAAAAUGAUACUUUUGAUUGAUGGGCAUAAAUCGAAUCGAUGUUUAAUUCUAUUCAUUUUCAAUCUGUACAUACGUUUUAGAAACAGAACGGGUUGCUGGUACAAUAUUAUUAUCCCUGAUUUAAUCAAAUUAUUUUAACUUAUGAAAAGAUAAUUUACCCAGUUUAUAACCUUUGUUUGAAUAAUCUUUGGUGCUUCAAAACGCAAGUGUACUCCAAAAUGUAAAUUAUUGUAUUAUUGGCGAUAAAUUGUUAAUAAAGAAACAAAAUUUUA